GUCAAGGCUGAGGCCAUGGCUCUGCGACAGGCGCUGGGUCGGGGCCUGCAGCUCGGCCGGGCGCUGCUGUUGCGCUUCUCGGCCAAGCCGGGCCCGCCGGGAGGCCUAGGGCGGGCGGAGCAGCCGGGGCCGGGCUGGGGCCUCAGGGCCCGAGGGGCGGCGGCGCCGGCUCCGGGGCCGGGGCUGGCGCCUGGGCUGGGCCUUCCCACCCGCUUCCGCUUCUUCCGGGAGUCGGUGGCCGGGCUGGCGGCCCGCCUGCAGCGUCAGCUGGUGCUGCGGGCCCGGGGCGCCGGGCCCCCCUGCGGCCGUGCUGUCUUCUUGGCCUUUGGCCUGGGGCUGGGGCUCGUGGAGGAGAAGCAGGCGGAGGGGCGGCGGGCGGCCUCGGCCUGCCGGGACAUCCAGGAAAUUUUUACCCAGAAAAGUAAACUUCUUCCUGACCCUCUGGCAAGUAGGCGUUGGCAGGGCUUCCGGCUGGAAGAAUACCUCAUUGGACAGUCCAUUGGCAAGGGGUGCAGUGCUGCAGUAUAUGAAGCCACCAUGCCCACCUGGCCCCAGAAGCCAGAAGGCCCCAGGGAUGGGCUUCUACUAGGACAGGAUCCAGCAAUUGCCCCUCAGGCAGAAAGCAAGCAGAGUGCUCAGCACAUGGCCACAGCCUUUCCCCUGGCCAUCAAGAUGAUGUGGAACAUCUCGGCAGGUUCCUCCAGUGAAGCCAUCCUCAGCACCAUGAGCCAGGAACUGGUUCCAGCCAGCCGCAUGGCCCUGUCUGGGGAGUACGGGGCCACCAUUUCCAGAAAACACGAGAGAGGUUCCAAGCAGCUGGCCCCACAUCCCAACAUUAUCCGGGUGCUCCGGGCCUUCACCUCAUCUGUGCCCCUCCUGCCUGGGGCCCUGGUGGAUUACCCUGAUGUCCUGCCUCCAAAGCUCUGCCCCUCAGGCCUGGGGCACGGACGAACGCUGUUCCUUGUUAUGAAGAACUACCCCUGGACCCUGCGCCAGUACCUGCAGCUGCGCCCUCCAGGCCCCCGCCUUGCCACCAUGAUGACCCUGCAGCUGUUGGAAGGGGUGGAUCACCUGGUUCAGCAGGGCAUCGCACACAGGGACUUAAAGUCGGACAACAUCCUGGUGGGGUUUGACUCAGCUGGCUGCCCCUGGCUGGUAAUAACAGAUUUCGGUUGCUGUCUGGCUGAUGAGAGCAUCGGCCUGCAAUUGCCUUUCACCAGCUGGUACGUGGACCGGGGAGGAAAUAGCUGCUUGAUGGCUCCUGAGGUGUCAACAGCCUGUCCUGGUCCUGGGGUAGUGAUUGACUACAGCAAAGCUGAUGCCUGGGCAGUGGGAGCAAUUGCCUAUGAGAUCUUUGGACUCCCCAAUCCCUUCUAUGGACAUGGCAGGACCCAGCUGGAAAGCCGCAGUUACCAUGAGUCUCAGCUUCCUGCACUGCCAGAGAAUGUGUCCUUGGAUGCGAGGCAGCUGGUGAAGGCACUGCUCCAACGAGAUGCCAGCAAGAGACCAUCUGCCCGAGUGGCAGCAAAUGUGCUUCACUUAAGCCUCUGGGGUGAAAGUAUUUUAUCCAUGAAGAGUUUGAAAUCAGACAAGAUGAUUGGCUGGCUCCUUCACCAAUCAGCUGCCACUCUGCUGACUGAUCGGUUGAUAGAGGGCAACAGUGUAGAAACCAAAAUGAAGAUGUGCUUCCUGGCUAACCUGGAGUAUGAAGCCCUCUGCCAGGCUGCAUUCCUUCUGUGUUCCUGGAGGGCAGCCCCUUGAUGCUCCCAUGCCACCCAAGGUUUACUAAAAGCACUCAGCAGCAUUCUUUGUGUCCUAACAGUAUCUCAAGGGAACCCAGUGGCUUUGCAGGUGCAGGAGGUUUGUGUGUGCGCGGGGUAAGAAAAUAACAGAUGGAGUGGGGAGGGGACGCAUGGACUCCCAGCCUUAGAGCCCUGAGCCAGAGCAGGGAAGACACAGAAGCCUUGGAUUGGGUAACUGCUGGAAGGAUUGUGAAAGGAGUCACUUCAUGAUCAGAUUGUGGCUAUUAACUCUAGUUACGCAGCAAUGGGCAGGUCAUUUACCUUCUAGGUUUCGGCUCCUGGUCUAUAAAAUGAGAAGGAUCAGACCAAGAGGUCACGAAAAAAAUCAAUUCCUUGUUUGCCCAGUCACGUAGAAGGAGCAGGCAAACUAAAGAAUCCAAUCCUCAUUUCCAAAAAAUGAAAUUCCUUUAUUUCACAAGAAACUUAAGGCAAAAAACAAUCUUUUUGCACCAGGGGGAAGGGGAAGAGGCUGGCCAAGUCAAUGUGAUGGAGAAGGUCUUAAGUUAUAACUCUGGUUGUUAAGAUCAGAGUAUCUCAUGCUGAGAGAAGUGGGGGUCCCACCUAACUGGUACACACGUGGCGUGGUCCUGGUGCAUUUCUGGGAGGAAAAACCAAAAACCUGGCUCUUGCAGCAGCUUUCCCCGAAGCCUUCUAUUUAGCACAUCCAGCAUCUCAAGAAACAGAAGUGAGUGCUGUGGAGCUUCCUUCUGACUAAGGUCUCUUGUAGGAGCUACUUUCAAGAAUUAAAUGCAUGUUUACAAAGGUACAAUAUGCCUUGAAAUGAA